AUGGCCGACCAUGAGGCUGCCUUCCGCAUCAGCUCCGGCACGAGCGCAAGCACCGACAGCACUCGUUCUUCGCUGACCGCGAAGCCUUCGACGCCGACGACGGCCACGGCCGAAGCUGCGUCGCGAACAGCGCCACCCGCGCACAUCGAUACGGAAGCCUCCACGCCCCAGCACUACAAAAGCCUCUCACGAGAUGAUGAUCUCCAGAUCUCGCCUACCACGUCCACCGCCACUACCCGCGGCGCCAUCUCGCCGACGACGUCGAGGGAGAGCGGCCGCCGCCUGAGCGAUCUCACAAACUAUCGCCGCGACCUGGCCGUCCUCGAUCCCCUGCGCGGCCACUCCAACCAGCCCAACUAUCCCGCGAGCCUCCUCGACGAGUCGGCCGACACCAUGUCGCUCUUCUCGCAGUAUUCCGCCGGGCUGCACGGCUUGGGAUCGCGCACCGGCGCAAGCUCGUCGCUGGGCCUCCACGACUCGCCAGAGCACUUGUAUUCUCCAGACGACAGACGGCCCUCAGAAGCUAGUGUCACCACCACGGCUAGCAGCACCGGCUCCAAGGCUAGUGGGCACCGUGGCAAUAUGCGCAAGCUGCAGGGCUUCUUUGGCGAAGAGUUUCCUGGCCGCGACAGUUCCGAGAGUAGCCUCCCAUCAUAUAUGGGGAAAGACCAACGAUCGCGCUCCUACAGUCACACUCGCCCAACCCAUCGCGAUCGCAACUACUCUAAUGCCACCGAUCAUACCAGGGAUGCCUCGCCUGCAUCAUCAAGACCCAGGACCCCAGUUCCGGCCCCUGAAGUAGUGCCUUUUUUGUAUCAGGACAACACUGACAUUGCGCGGUAUGGAGAGGCACCCGUGAGAGACAUCAUGACCGGACCCGAUCGGGAUCGAUACAUGUCAGAUGGCGCGCCCCAGGUGCCGCCAAAGUCUUCUUCCUCCUCACGCGCGGGAAUCGUCCACCUGCCCAGCCACUAUCACCGCCAUAACAAGAGCAUCGAUGAUCCAAGGAGCCUGCGGCCGAGCACCAGUCGGGAAGACUCCACGAGCAGUUCAUAUCCCCGCGACCGAGGAGCCAUGACGGGAACAAUCUUCAGCAGCUCGCGCUCCAGAGCCCAGAGUCCGACACCGAGCACUCACAGUGCGCAUACGCCCUACUCAAAGUCAAGCCAGGUGGAAUCUUCCCCUGGGCACCAUGGCAAACUUGGGCUGCUCAAUCGGUUUCGACGACACAAGGACAAGGACGAAGGCAAUGCCGGUGGCUCCAAGCUCAAGGAUCUUCCUCAGUCUACGAGAUCUUUGCAGGCAAAGUCUUCCAAGACGGAUUUGACGCGCCCCGAGCUGUCGCCAUCUGCAUUCCCGUCCACCUUUGUUCUCGGCUCUGGAGACGUCUCUGAUGCUUCCGAGACUCGGUCGCUCGCUGGUCCUCGCGCCGCAACCUUCAAGAACAACUUUCCCUUCUCCAAGAACAGGCGACCCCCUCGGCCCUUCGAAUGCGACGAUACCAUUGGCCCGACCGACCGCGCUGACCCUGGCCACAUGUACCACCUCGACACGAACUUGAACGAUAUGGAAGGUAUUCUGGCCAAGCCACCCCCAUUGACCCCCAUGGACACAUCCUUCGUGAAUAACGUCGACCCUGACUCCAUCGAUUCGGCAGUUUCAGCGCCGAAGGGACGCUGGGAUGCUCCUGACAGCUGGGCAGUCCGCCGAGGGACCGAGGACACUACGGUACAGCAACCGGAAGUAGAAGACCUCUCAAGCCCACCACGGCCGGAGGAGAAGCUGACUCCUUACUUUAUUCGCAUUUUCCGAUCGGACGGGACCUUUUCAACACACUCCAUGCCUCUAGAUGCCACCGUCGCGGAAGUGAUAUCUCAAGUUAUUAAGAAAACUUAUGUCGUCGACGGGCUCGAGAACUAUCACAUAAUCAUGAGGAAGCAUGACCUGAUUCGCGUCCUAACGCCGGGCGAGCGGCCGUUGCUCAUUCAGAAACGACUUUUACAGCAACUCGGCUACGAAGAGAAAGAUAAGAUAGAGGACUUGGGCCGAGAGGACAUCGGCUACUUGUGCCGAUUCAUGUUCUUGUCUGCCAGGGAAAGUGACUUCCAUUCAAAAACCGCGGAUUUAGGCAUUCAGAAAGCCCAAAAGAUCAACUAUGUUGACCUCGCGGGUCGCAAUCUCGUCACCAUCCCCAUCUCCCUCUAUCUUAGAGCUAACGAAAUUAUAUCUCUCAACCUCUCGCGCAAUCUGUCGCUGGAUGUGCCAAGGGAUUUUAUCCAGUCCUGCAAGAAUCUCCGGGAUAUCAAAUUUAACAAUAACGAGGCACGAAAAUUGCCGCUCAGCCUCGGCCGCGCUGCGAGACUCACGUAUCUAGAUGCCUCGAACAACAGGCUAGAACAGCUGGAGCAUGCUGAAUUGAACGCCCUCGCUGGACUUUUGAAGAUGAACCUCGCCAACAACCGCCUAACGCACUUGCCUCCUUACUUCGGUGCGUACCAGGCGCUAAGGAGCUUGAAUCUUUCUUCCAACUUUUUGGAUUCAUUUCCUCCCUUUUUAUGCGAGUUGCAGAGCCUGGUUGAUCUAGAUUUAAGCUUCAACAGUAUCUCAGAGCUGCCAGAGGAGGUUGGCCAGUUGAAGAACCUGGAAAAACUUCUCAUUACCAAUAACCAUUUGAGUGAUAGCGUCCCAGAUACGUUCCGAGAUCUCAUCAGCCUGCGCGAACUUGAUAUCAAGUACAAUUAUAUCACUAAUAUUGAUGUGAUUUCCGAGCUUCCCAAACUGGAGAUUUUGUACGCCGCUCACAACCACAUCUCGGCCUUUAAGGGCAAGUUCGAGCGGAUCCGCCAACUCAAGCUGAACUCCAAUCCACUCAACAAGUUCGAAAUCCAAGAGCCGCUUCCGACCCUCAAAACCCUGAACCUUUCACAAGGCCAGCUGGCAAGUAUCGACUCCGCUUUCGCGAACAUGCCAAACUUAGAGCGCCUAGUCCUUGACAAGAACCAUUUUGUCUCGCUGCCGCCCCAGAUUGGCGCCUUGACUCGUCUGGAGCACUUCAGCAUUGCCCAUAAUUCUGUGGGCGAGCUUCCGCCUCAGAUUGGUUGCCUAACAGAGCUGAGGGUUCUUGAUGUUCGAGACAACAAUAUUUCCAAGCUCCCUAUGGAAAUAUGGUGGGCCAACAGGCUUGAGACCUUCAAUGCCUCCUCUAACAUGCUAGAAACCUUCCCUAAGCCUGCCUCGCGGGCCCCACGGCUACCCGGCGAAGAAGGACAGGGGCCGCUUCCAACAUCCAAUGGCAAGGCGCUCCCGUCGGGGACCCUCUCUGCCACUGGUAGCUCUGACGAACUAGGAGAGGAACGCCGACCCAGCCAAGCGUCCAGCACCACCUUGCUGAGCGUUGGCCCAACUCCUAACAUACCAGGAGCAGAUCGAAAGAGUUCUGUUGUGUCCGUUUAUGGAAAGGGCGGACGUAAGACGUCCGUCAUGUCUAGAGGAACGACGCAGUCACAGAACACAGUCUCGACUUCGGCCCAAUCAUUAAGAAAGGAUUCAGGCCUGUCGUCUAGACUGACAAAUACGUUUUCUGGCUCGCUGCGAAAUCUCUAUCUUGCAGAUAAUCGUCUGGAUGACGAUGUCUUCGAUCAAAUUACACUUCUCGCGGAGCUCAGGGUUCUCAACCUGUCAUACAACUGGGAGAUUAGUGAUAUGCCUCAAAGGUCGAUGAAGAGUUGGCCACAGCUUGUAGAGCUAUAUCUUUCCGGAAACGUGUUGACGAGCCUUCCGGCAGACGAUUUAGAAGAAACAAGCCUUCUUCAAACCCUAUAUAUCAACGGCAACAAGUUCACAAAUCUUCCGGCUGAUAUAUCAAGAGCGAAGAAGCUUGCGAUUUUGGACUGCGGCAAUAAUUCUCUAAAGUACAACAUUGCCAAUGUUCCAUAUGACUGGAACUGGAACCUGAAUCCCAACCUCAGAUACCUGAAUCUCUCUGGAAACAAGCGACUGGAGAUCAAACAGACUGCUUGGGGCGGCAUUGAUGGCCCUGGUGCUGUGAAUCGGGAGGAGUACACCGACUUCAAUCGGCUUCCUAACUUGAGGAUACUUGGACUGAUGGAUGUCACCUUAACUCAACCCAGCAUACCGGACCAGAGCGAAGAUAGGCGAGUUAGAACAUCCGGGUCACUGGCAGGUCAUUUGCCAUAUGGCAUGGCCGACACUCUCGGCAAGAACGAGCAUUUGUCGACAGUUGACCUUGUCGUGCCGCGUUUCAACUCGUCGGAAACGGAGAUGCUUCUCGGCCUCUUCGAUGGCCAGGCAUUAUCAAGCGGAGGGUCCAAGAUUGCCAAGUAUCUUCACGAAAACUUUGGACUCAUCUUUGCCCAGGAGCUCAAGGCCUUGAAAACCCGCCAAAGCGAAACGCCGGCCGAUGCCCUCCGCAGGGCUUUCCUGGCCCUCAACAAAGAAUUAGUGACCGCUGCAGUCCAGUAUACCGAUGAUCGCAAGAAGAAAUCGCAUAGGGGCGUCACCCAGCCGGUCAUUCUUAGUAGGGAGGAUUUGAACUCUGGAGGAGUCGCCACCGUCCUGUAUCUUCAGGGCACAGAGUUGUACGUGGCAAAUGUUGGUGAUGUACAGGCCAUGGUCAUAAAAACCGACAGCAAGCAUCACAUCUUGACCCGGAAACACGAUCCUGCAGAGGCAUCGGAACGAUCACGGAUUCGCGAAGCCGGAGGAUGGGUAUCUCGCAAUGGUCGAUUGAACGAUGUACUACAAGUGUCUCGAGCUUUUGGAUAUGUUGAUCUGAUGCCUGCCGUCCAAGCUGCUCCUCACGUUACCAACAUGACCAUUCGAGAGAAUGACGACAUUAUUGUCAUGGCUACAAGCGAGCUCUGGGAAUACCUUCCACCUGGUCUCGUUACUGAUAUUGCGCGAGCAGAGCGCCAAGAUCUCAUGCGUGCUGCUCAGAAACUUCGUGACCUUGCAAUGGCUUACGGCGCGUCUGGGAAGAUUAUGGUAAUGAUGAUUAGCGUGGUCGACCUGAAGAGGAGGGUAGAACGUUCCCGCCUUCAUCGUGGCACAAGCAUGUCGCUUUAUCCUUCGGGCGUCCCUGCUGAAGCCCCGUAUCUUCUUUCUACAAGAAGGGGACGAAAGGGCAAGGGGGAUGUCCUCGACUCUUCCCUUAACCGGCUCGAGGCAGAAAUCCCAGCACCAACCGGCAACGUCUCUAUCUGCUUCACCGACAUCAAGAAUUCCACGACUCUCUGGGAAAUGUACCCCAACGCAAUGCGAUCAGCCAUCAAGCUGCACAACGAAGUCAUGCGUCGGCAGCUACGCCGAAUUGGAGGAUACGAAGUCAAGACUGAAGGCGAUGCUUUCAUGGUGUCAUUCCCCACGGCGACUUCAGCUCUGCUCUGGUGUUUUGCUGUUCAAAUGGAACUCCUUGACGUCCCUUGGCCGUCCGAAGUAUUGAACUCAAUGUCAUGUCAGCCAAUAUAUGAUAAGGACAACGCUCUUAUUUUCAAGGGCUUGUCAGUUCGCAUGGGUAUUCAUUAUGGAGAUUGCGUGUGCGAAACAGACCCCGUCACUCGUCGUAUGGAUUACUUUGGCCCUAUGGUCAACAAAGCGUCACGUAUAUCUGCUGUUGCCGACGGCGGCCAGAUUACUGUUUCUUCAGACUUCAUUUCUGAAAUCCAGCGCUGUCUGGAGAACUAUCAAGACACUGAUCGAAACGUCUCGGCCGGGUCGGAAGCCUCUUUCGAAGACGAGUCUCUUGCGGCUACUAUACGCAAAGACUUGAGGUCUUUGACGUCCCAAGGAUUUGAAGUCAAAGAGAUGGGAGAGAAGAAGCUAAAGGGUCUCGAAAAUCCCGAGAUUGUCUAUUCUCUGUAUCCACACGCCCUUACCGGCCGUAUUGAAUACCACUUGCAGCAUGAACGUCAGGUAGAAACGCCGGAUAAACCCACUGCCAUUAUGGGUGGUGGCGAGCUCUCCUUUGACCCGGACGCUAUUUGGUCAUUGUGGAAAGUCAGCCUGCGUCUUGAGAUGCUGUGCAGUACACUCGAGACAGUUAGGGGACCGGGACUCCAGCCGCCCGAGACUGAACUCCUUGAACGUAUGAAGAACAGAGGAGGUGAAGUCACUGAACGCUUCUUGAUUAAUUUUAUGGAACAUCAAGUGAGCAGAAUAGAGACUUGUGUGUCGACACUGACGAUGCGUCAUCUUGCCAUUGGCGGAGGAACACUCCGUGAACUGAAUCAACUUCGUGCUCCCAUGGCUGCAGUAUUCGAGGCCUUUAUGGCGCAAAAAGAAGAGCUCGAGCGCUAUAAGCAAAAAUAUGGCGAAUUCGAUGACGAUGACCGCAGCAACGGGGUUUUGACGGCUGACAGUAUCGAAGAAUUCGAAGAUGGGAGUGAGACAGAACAAGAGUAA